AUGUCAAAGGGUUUAAAUGAUUGUAUCAACGAGAGCAACAAAGUGUGUCAGGGACAUUUCAUAUUUAGAGAUGAAUUCAAUGGUACUUCACUGGAUACGAAUAAGUGGCUUAUAGAGUAUGGAGAAGAUAGUUGCACAGAGCCACUUGAUCUUGGUUGUUUCUCGAAUAGUUCAGAAAACAUCCAAAUAAACAAUGGAAAUCUGUCUCUUAUAGCUGUCCGCCGGCACUUGUACUCCAAGAACUACACCACCGCUCAGAUCAUAUCUAAAUACCUGUUCACAUACGGAAAGUUUGAGAUAAAGGCUUUAUUACCCCGUGGAUGCCCACUCAUGUCGCACAUACUUCUUAUGAGUAACAAUGUUUAUAACUAUAGUAGUCUUACUGAUGGCAUUUUCUGCGAUGAUCUGGAUGCAAAUUGGCUCGACCCGGUAUUCAAAGUAGAAUACGUCAGGAUAAAUUGGGGCGCCAUCCGGGUCCACACUAUUUGUAUGACCAAUCGUAUCGUAUGGUUCUUCGUAUUUAUGAUCAAUAUUAUAGUCUUCGUAGUCAUCCAUACGAUUGUCGUCGUUAACAUCGGACACCAUCUCUCGGUUAAUCCGUUUCAGUCUCUUAUAAGUAUGUGCGACAUGAGUGGACAGCCACGGGGUAAUGAAGCCUUUAUCUCAAACUUUCCGUAUGUGAACAGGGAUUUAGAUAAGAUCUGA